UCCCUUCCUCCAGGGCUGAAGCUGGGAACCUUGGCAAGCUGUGCCACCUGCCCCGCCCUCUCCCACUCCCUGUGGGCGUGGGCUGGACCUUUGGCUGCAUAAGGCUUCAACCGCUGCAGCUGCUGUAUCAAGAGGGAGCCGAGAAGCAUCUCAACAGGCACAUUCCUCCCAAGGAUCCAGGCCCCAGCCUCACCCAGUCUCGCCCACUACAGCCCAAUCAACCAGCCCCUUCAAGAUGGCCAGCAAGAGCUUCCAGGACCUGAAGAAGCAAGCAGAGGGAGCUGCCCAGGAGGCGGCAAAUGCGGCAAGCGAAGCUGCCCAGCAGGCUGUGGACCAGGCUGCAGAGGCAGGACAGAAAGCUGUGGAGAACUUGGUCAAGUCAACCCAGGAGGGCCUCGACAAGACAACAGGUCAAGCUGCAGAAGCCAUUUCAAGUUUUGGGAAGAAAUACGGGCUCCAAAAAUGAUCACCUUUGGGAAGAAGAACAGGAAUAACCCCCCUCUCCUCAAUUCCCAAUCUCCAUCUCUUCAUCAUAGCCUCGAUUUGGAAAUGCCCCAGGGGGUCUGAUCUCUUAUUAAAAUGAGUUCCUCUCAUGUGGAGGCAGAGGAAAACCAAA